AUGCUUUCCAGAUUUUUGGCGUCUUCUAGGCGGACUGCACUUGCAGUGCAGAACAAGGCUUAUGUGUACGCGACAUUACGCAAAAGAGCUACUUUAAAAACAACUUACAAGCGUUUUUAUAGUGAGGAUACUCGAAAUGCAGAUGAAGCAGAUUCGAACUUUGAGGAAGAAAAACCAGCUUCUACUGAGACGGUUAAAAGAAAUUACUACGAAAGGAGAAACACAAAUGAUAAUAGAUACAACAGGGAAGACAGGCCUGGAUACUACAGAGAAAACAGAGAGAAAAUCACAGAUUUUGCUGAGGCUCAAGAGAAAGGACUUUCCACUACUUCAUUAAUCGGAAUACUAACGAGCGAUCCUACAAUGGGACCGACCGAAAUAUUGGAUAACCUCGAGAUGGUGCUUGCUGCAAAUGAGGAGAGGAAACAGAGUGGUGAGAAUUCUGCUUAUGCGUAUAAAGAUUCUUACCGACUUGUUAAUGCUAGUGUUCCACUAGGACAUAAGUUGUUUUCACGAUUACAUCAACUUAACUCGGAAGAUAAAGGUGGGAAUGUUCAGGACUCGGUGCUUUUUUCUAAUGUCAUCAAGAUCUUUACUAAAUACAAGCUUUUACACGUCUCACACAUGAACAGAUAUCUGCAAUGCUUGAUUAACGAGGGUCAAUUUUCUAGAGCCUUAAGCACCUGGAUUAGUGCUUUGGAUUAUUUCAAGGGCCAGCCUGAGCGAAUGGUUGAUUUUAGAGAGACAAGCGGACACACUCCAAAAUCAUUCAUCGGAUCAACAGAACAGUUUUUCUACUCUGGCUUGGUCUCGUACAUUCUUUCUUUGGAAGAAAACAACUCAAAACUUGACCCGGACUUUGUCGAGUUGAUUCUAAAGGAUCUUGGCUCAGAUCCUUCGUUUUCAUCAUUAUCGAACUUCUUCCGGUUGACUCAUCUUGACAACAAGCUUGCCAACCACGUCAAGUAUAUCUGGAUGAAUUAUCUGAGGAGCAAGAUUGACUAUAACAACAAAGCAAGCUGGGCGAAUGUUCUUACGGCAGCAAAAGAGAACAAGACGGCAAAAGUGGAAGACUUGAUUAAAAAUAACAUAGCAAAUGCGGAAAAGAAGGGUCAGGCUUUGACAUCGGAGACGUGGGCUCAUAUCAUGCUGAUUUAUACUGUGGAUAAAAACUAUACUAAGGCAUUAUCCACAUGGAAGAUGGCUACACAGGACUACAAGAUCACACCAACGGUUGCCUUUGGAAUCAGCUACUGCUAG